GUAUGGGCCGUCGGUACUCGGAUCAUCCUCCUACGUACUCGGCCCAGUGACUCAGGUAGCUAGCCCGACAAUCCAUCGAUCAACAUGUCUCGAUACCCUUACACCCGUUUAUUUUGGCAAUCAGAGCGCUCCAUCGUUAUCGCAGGACCUCACAUACAAGUCCUUGACACUAAUACGGGUGAUGUCCUACAUUCAACCGGAAAAUGUGAGGAAGAUCAAAUUGCACCAGGUCCCAUCCGUUGUGCUGCGUUGAGUGAUUGCGGAAAGUACCUUGCAACUUCAGGAGAUGAUAAGAAGCUCAAGACCUGGCAAGUCGAUGAUCUAAAACUCCUCAGUUCAAGAGUACUGCCGAAGAAGCCAACACAUAUCAAUUUUGCGAAUCAUAAAGACAUACUUGUUGCAGACAAAUUCGGUGACAUAUUCCGUUAUCAGCUGCACCCAAACUCAAAUGAAUCAUCCAGUGGGUGCGGGCGUGACGCUUUGUCAUCUCAUGAAAAUCCCUCUGGCGGGGAACUCAUUCUGGGUCACGCUUCCCUCUUGACUACAUUUUUGCUGACCGCUGACGGGCAGUAUAUUGUGACUGCCGAUAGAGACGAACACAUCAGAGUCAGCUGGUACCCACAGGGAUACACGAUUGAGAGUUACUGCCUCGGUCACCAAAAAUACGUUUCUGCACUUCAUAUUCCUUCAUUUUCUUCAAGGACACUUAUCUCUGGCGGCGGAGAUUCCGUGUUAAAACUAUGGGAUUGGAUGAGCGGGAAACUGCUACGUAACAUCGAUGUCUUUUCUGCCGUUCAACCCUUCAUCGCGGUAAAGGCGCCUAAAAAGAAAAGGGGGUGGAAGAAUGAAGACGAGGAUAUAGAGCCAAUUGAAAGAAAAAGAGGACGAAGAAAAAAUCCAGGUAAACGCAAAGAAAAACGAAGUGGUGACGACGGGGACACGGAAGAAAGCCAAAAUUCAGCAACGCCUGAGGGACAACCUGGAGAAGUGUCGACAGAAGAAAGCGAGGUCGUGUUUGUGGUGCACAGGAUAUCAUCAAUCCCUUCGCCAGUGCCAAGAAUCGUGUUCAGUGUAGUCGGAGCCACUGCUAUCUUUUGGUUUCCAAUAAAUGACGACUCUGAGGCUUGUAUACAGCAUGAGCCAUUUUAUAAACCUAUCAUUGACUUCACCCUGGAAGACGAUGGCUCUAUUUGGGUUUUACUCGAUGCUGAUCGAUCUUCACAAGGAGGUUGGAGUAGUAAAGGCGAAAGCGACGACUCGAAUUUAGUCGAAGUACGACGAUGGACACUUAACAAUUUCACGGCAAGCGAUCCUCCGCCAUUGGCUUUGGCACUUAACUCUCGCACCCUGCCCGCCACCCAAGUUGAUCUCAAAGUUCUGGACCUAUACUUAGAUCUCUUGGCGCUUCCCAAACAUAUCGAGGCUGUGGCUGAGGACAGGACCCAGGACUUGACUGAGAUGGGUAUCGAUGAUGUGGCAACUGCAGAUAUUGGAUCAAAUGAUGGGGGUUUUAGCAAGAGAGAAUUAGGGAGGUUAAAGCACAAGCAAGCGCUGCGGCGUUUGCAGGAGAGAGUAAAGAGUGGUGGAAGAAGGGACACCCUUGCACUAGGCAUGGAUGGGACAUAAACUCCAAUUCGGUUCAAGAUGGUCCUACGAGUUCGUGUUCAAGCCCUACAAGUACUAGAUGUCCACAGGAGUCCGCGCAUUUUUGGCGAAACAUUUAUUACUCCACAUCGCACAAACAAAAAAAUUAAUUCUUUGACAGUU